CUGUUGGGGCUUAUUUGGAGAAACAUACACUCCUUCACUCGCUGUGAGGCCCAGGAACAAUAUUUCUUAUUCCUUCAGGACGAUCCCGCCCACUGUCACCUUGGAUCUUUCUCUAUAUAUAACACAGUAGAACAAACCUGUUAAUAAGAACCUGGUGUCAAGACAAACCUGACCAUGCGGUGUAAAGUCCUCUCCUUUAUUGUGCUCCUGGCUCUCAUAAAGCAUGGGUCAUCAGAAGCAAAACUACCCUACUUCCACGUCGAUAUCAACCCCUAGAGCCUAGACUCCUGCAACUAGAAAACAUUAGGGGGUCUGCUGAAGAUUGUGGCAGUAUGCUUACAUGAUUGCCUAAUUAUGGAGGGUGCUGUGACUUUAACCAGUCUAGCUGUUGCCAGCUGGGCCACCGUGUGGAAAAUAACUUUCUCGACUUGGUCAAUUGAAGCUAAGUGUCUUCUAAUGAAAUCCAGGCCUACCCGAACACAAAUGCAACCCUCCCUUGCAAGAUUUCCAUACAAGAAGACAAAAUGGACGUGUCUCUAAUCAGAGUCAACUGGACGAGAGGUGACUCGAGUGUUGCCACAUUUGGAGGAGCAGAAGAGCAAGUAAAGGACGGAUUCAGCUGGGAUCCCACUGAUUUCACUGACGGGGACUUUUCACUCACCGUCCUCCAAGCCAGUCUCGGUCUCCAGGGAGUUUAUGAAUGCAGAGUUAGCUACAACUUCACAGAUCUGCCCUCUAGUAAUGUUACAUUUAGUAUUCUAGCGCCCCCUUCAGUCUUUGUGCCUCAGAAGUGGGUUCUGUUAGAAAAAGAGAACCAGCUUGAGUGCCAUGCAAGGGGCUUCUACCCCCCAACUGUAUAUUUUUCCUGGACCAGAGAAGAACAAGUCAUUCAGCCUCCUUUUCAGGUGGAAGGUGAGCUCAGUCCAGAUGGAUACUACACAGCUGUGAACAACCUGACCUUCUACACUUCCAGAGAGGACCAGAAUGUGACCUUUGGCUGCAAAGUGUUGCAUAGAGGCAACAGUCAAGAGGUUGACAUCCAGCUCAAUGUCACCUAUCUCCCUUCUGUUAGACUGUCUGUCAUAAAGACUCGCUUUAGCAACACUCCUCUUACCCUGUACUGCGAUGUAGAGAGCUUCUACCCAGAGGACAUGUCGGUGUCCUGGUUUCAGAACGGCACAGCGCUCCCUGACCCUCCAGCAACAGAUCAGAACACAGAUCACACCUACACAACCAGGCGGUAUUUCACUUUGAGCCCAGAGCAGAGGCUGAAACGAGGUAAGGUCGAGUGUGUAGUGAAUCAACCAGAGGUGGCAGAUCCAGUCAGCACAUCAGCAGACCUGGACAAACUGGAUCCGCAGGACGAGGCUCCAGUGUUAACAAAGUCAGCCAAGGCAUCCGUGGCUAUGAUGUGUAUCUCUAUUGUGUUGGUCUUCCUGCUUUGCUUUGGCUUUUCCUGGAGAAGGAGAGAUGAGAAAAAGAAGUCGCUCACUGUGUCAGGAAUCAUCCUGCCGCCCCGUGUCAUCGUAGGCCAAAAGGGGAGGGUGAGUGUGAGCAUCGAAGGCAGGCGGGUGGACCGGGUGCAGACCGCAUGGUUUCUCAAUGACACCCCCAUCAAUGACACCUCGCUCACAGGAACUUCCAAGUCUAACUUUAACUGCCUUUACACUCCCCUAACCACCAUCCAUCUGCCCUGGGGUCUAACUCUCACCUCCCCAGCUUCAGAGAAAGGACCUCUCCUGACCUCCAGAGGGGAGAUGGGGUACUACAAGCUGCACACUCAGAGGCCGCUCCACUCCUCUGGGAUGGGGACCCAGCAGCUGAUCUCUGCUCUCACCUUCGUCCCACGGAUCACUUUGCACAAGGGAGCUGUCUUUAAGUGUCAGGUGUUCUAUGUGGGCAAGGACAAGAUUGUGGAGGAAAGAGUGUCGGAGAGGUUUACUGUUCUCUCUCCUCCAGAGGUGUCCGAGAUACAGCUGGCAGAGACAGAAAAUAAUCCAGAUGUCAUCAGCAUGACUGUCCAAGCGACACAUUUCCAUCCGGAUGUCAUCACCUUCCGCUGGUUCUGUAAGGGAGGUGAGCUCAGCCCCGUGGCUUCCAAGGCUUCUUCGUCGCCUCGGCCAAAUUCUGAGGGUUUCUUCUCCGCCUUCAGUCAGUGCAAACUUCCCCGGAGUGAGGUGGAAAAGGGCGCCACCAAGGUGUGGGUGAGCGUGCACCACAUCGCCCUGAAGCAGCCAAUCACCCGUGAAACUAGAGGAUUCAUCAAGAGACCACACGUGUCCAACAUCGUCAGCUUCACUCAUGCAUCAGAUCAGACCUUCACUCUGGGAUGUGAGAUCACAGAUUUCUUCCCCCCGAAUAUUUCAGUCAAUUGGCUGAAGCUUGGAGACGGGGAGAAGGAUGACAGGGAAGAGGAGCUGAUAGAGGGAGGAGAGAUUUGGGGCCCCAUACAAACUCACUCCAGACUCUUCAGGGCAACAGCCACCCUAGAAAGAAAGCCAAUCCGUCAGGAGAAAAAGGACAGCGGGGGCGGUUUUACCUGCAGAGUCCAGCACUGCUCCCUCAAAGAGCCAAUAGAGAGGCACUGGAGAAACGGGGACAAUGCUGCUCCAACCAUUCCUCCAUCGGUUUUAGUUUGUUGGAGCAGCCUAGGCGUCGGCGUGUUCUCCAUCCUGCUGAAAGGAGGUCAUCCUAAGGCGAAAUUACUCUGGGCAGCAGGUGGACCUACCUUCUCACCGUUAGUGUCCAGUGAGACAGAGGAGAUCGGAGAUGACGGACAGCGAGAGCUUAGAAGUGUCUGCGCUCUGGAGAAGUCCACGAACCUGCCAAGUCCACCAGACAAGCAGUUGGAGAGACAAGCAACAACUACAUAUCUUUCAGAAACAAAAUCAGCUGUUACAGAUCCCGACACUGAAGGGAUAAAAUACAUUGAUGAGAAGGUGGACAGCGAGGAUAGAGACAUGGACAGAUAUGAGGAAACUAAAUUUGAGUCAGAGGAGGAGGACGGCAACAAGGAAACAGAGGACAACACCGGCGCGCUUCACAUCAACAAAGUUAACCUGAGGACGGGUCUCAAAGAGAAUGAAAGGGCACGUUUGAGAGUGUGUGUGGAGAUCACACACCCUGCGCUCCAGAUUCCUGUUUAUCGAACGUGGACAGAGCCCAAUGAGGAAAUGUUAUCCUCCGCAUGAAGAUGCACAAGACUGCCUACUUCUUUCACAUCUCCUCUAAUGUAUCUAAUAUUUAUCUCUAAAACUUAACAUAAAUGAAACAUUCAGCUGCAUCUCAUCUGUUUCUGUUGUUGGGGUCUAUUUAUAUUUUUAAUCUUGUCUUUUUCCAAAAUCUGUGUGUUUUUCUGUUUUUGAAUGAAUAAGCUGACAAUAAAAUACACACUAAAUCAUGUUAA